AUGUGAAGUGUCAUCAGUAAAACGACUUUCGUUUCAAGUUUCACAGAAAGAAAGUUAGUGAUUUCCUGUUGAGAGUACACAGAAUGAGUAUGUUGCAUGGGGGGUAUUUUUAGUUGUGCGCUGUGGUAUUUCGACAUAUGAUAUUAUUGUAGUAUUGUACUCGACAUAGCACAUGCAUUUAAGUUGUGGUGGCGAAAUUAUUUUGAGAUGAGUUUAAAUUUGGAAGCGACGGCCACGAUGUUCUCCAGCAGUUACAAAGUAGACAUAACAAGGAAGACGAAAUGGCAGGCACACAGGAGAUGGGCGGAGCACCGGAGUUCAUAACACAACAGUCUAACAAGUUACUGCAGUUAUUGUGGCGUUUGUAAGGGCAGCCGCAGGUGCGCCGUCCGGACUGGUUUAGUCCGUUAAGAAGUCGCAAGUCCAACUGGGGAGGCGGAAAUCCACUCAUGUGGGCUACUUAACAAACUCAACGCUCCACGGCUCGACUAUGGCUAUGAGCGCCACUGCGGCACAUGCUGACGACCUGAGACAACAGCCCGCCAUCAGCACACGAGUUGGACCAGAAGCAACCCAGUAUCACCAGUGAGAUGCUGGUGCAUUUUGAGCGCCUGUAGUCGCGAUUUGGGCACACACAUUAAGCCUUUAUACGCUGCUGGAGAGUAGCUGUGAGGCCUGGACACCCGUCAUUUGGCGACGCUGCGGAGUUUUCUCGGGCUACUGGUGAAGGUGAAUCCUUAACAUGGAAACGUUCACUGAUGUGCUGCUUGUCACCGCAAAUGUCGGCUCACUCUUUGACAAUGUGGAUGAAAUUCAAAGUGUUUGGUUACAAGAACUGUAUAAGACUAUCCAUAGAUACAAGCCGCAGUUCAUCGCCCUGCACUUCCAGGAGGUGGGAGGAAAGGACUAUAUGCUCAAUAUGGGCCAUGCAGAAAACUUCAUCUGGAGCAUUAAGUCCAGUGAGGAAAUGAGAGACUAUGACAGGGUGUGCAUCUAUGUUGACAGCCAGUUCCAAGCAGAAGACAGCUUCACGGCUUUGGGGAGCAUGUACUUCAUCCACAAAACACUGAAAAACGUCUACCAGUAUGAUUUCAAUGUUAAGGAUUUUAAAGUGGUGUCGGGGCAGAACAAGUACACAGGCUCUCUGGACCAAGUCACCACAGUAGAGAAAGAAAAAUUCCCAAAGUAUUUCUGGCCUGAUUUCAAGUGGUCCAGAAAGGGCUUCACGAGGACCCGUUGGAUCAUACACAACCAAGGUCUGGACCUGGUCAAUGUCCACCUGUUCCACGAUGCCUCCAACCUCAUUGCCUGCAAAUCCAGUCCUUCUGUUUACUCAGCCAACCGUCAUAAUGCCCUGAGAUAUGUCAUCAACAGGAUAUCAGACAACUGCUACACUCCUCUGCCUUUCUUCCUUUUUGGAGAUUUCAACUUCCGUCUGGACACACUUAGUCUGGUCCAGCAGCAUCUGUGCACUUCAGCAGAUAUGCAGACAGUGAAGAAGGACAACAGUAAUGAGGUGGAGAAAAUCAUCUGCGAAGAAAAAGACAAUGACCACCAGGUGCUGCUUCAAAUUGAGGAGAAGCUGUUUGCCUAUCUGCACCAGGCAGUUUUCAGGGAGGACAACGGCAGAGCUCUUCUGAAAUAUGACAGAGAAGCCACAGCCUUUCAUGAUGUUGUCAGAGAAGAGGACAUCAGGUUUCCACCCAGCUACCCCUACAGUGAGGAGUACACUAAGCCGACCCAGUACAUGAACACUCGCUGCCCUUCCUGGUGUGAUCGUAUCCUCAUGUCACACACCGCCCGAGAAUUCAUCCACACGAGACAUGAAGGUGAGAGGAGCAUUGUUUACAACACCAUUGGUCCUAAUGUCUGUAUGGGAGACCAUAAGCCUGUUUUCUUGUUCUUCUCACUAAAGACCAAUGACCGUUGACUUGGAUCCUCCUCAAUGGUCUAUAACCGCACCAUUCUUGGAGCUCCGCCACAGUGUCAGUACCAGAGAGCAAUCAGCUUGACUGAUACCCGCUACAGCCACCCAUCAGUGAGCCUACGCUGUGGCAUCUGACAUCUGCUUUCACUGCCACACACUGUCGACCAGUGUUGAACUCAGCCUGGUUCUUCUCACUCUCAAGUUCCCUUACCUGUAUAGUCAGUGUCGCUGAGCACACUCCCAGGAUUACUGCUCUGGAGACCGUAUAGUGGAAAAGGACCAAAAUACUUAAGUACGUGACUUCGGACCAGGCAAAACAUGAUUUUAGCUGUUUGAGCAUAUGCCUUUUAUUACAGGCAGUGUCAGACAAACACCAGCCAAGGCAACAAAAUGUACCCAUUCAAUAUUGUCCCUAAGUCAUUUACUAAACCUUUUAAGUCAAGCAGGCCAUUUGACUAGCUAGAUAGCUUCCACUCAGUAGGAUUCACAUUAUCAGGUGAGCUCAGCUAAUCAGAAUCCAUUUUAGCUAAAGAUUUAUUAUAUUAUCAGCAUUAUCAUGAUGUAUUUUAAAAUGAGAUUUUUAGUAUCAAAUACAGGACACCAGUCCCACUGGCUACACGUGCAUGCUUUUAUUUUGUAUUUGAUGCUGUUUUUAGUUCAGGUAUUUAUCUGUUUUUAAGUUGUUUACUAUCACUAGCAGGAUGUUAACACCAGGGAGGAACAGUAGAAGGAUGCUGCUACCUCAUAUUGCUGUUGCCAUUUUUGGUUUGAUGGCCUACAUAGAUAAAACACAAUUUAUACAGCAUUUAUUCAUGCUCACAUGUUCACACAGCAACUUUUAUGUUUGAUGUCUCCUGAUGUCAUGACGUAAUCAAUUAGAGAACAGAUUUUGGUUCAUGUUAAUGGUGUUUUUAAAAGUGACUAUGUAGAAAUGACACUAGACAAUCUGCAAAGCGGCCAGUAACAUUUUAAAGCAACAGCGAACCAAGUACAGCAGUUUUGUCUGCUUAAGAAUGCUGAAUUAAAUUAUAUGCUGUAACACAACAGCAGUAUUUAUCCUGGUGAAUUUAUUGUGACUUUCUGUUUGUGUACCUGUACAUUUAUACCAAGUGCAUUAUUCUACAACCCAGCAGUUCUCAGCUGGUUAGGUUUAGUUGUCCUCACACAGAGAUUGUUAUCUUUUCAUUUCAUCUGUGCUGCACAAACAUUUGUUCCAUCCUGGUGUUGACCUUUUUUCAUUGCCAAAAGAGUUAUACCUCACUGUAGCCUCACACAUUUCCUGCUAAUGGUAGGUAAGGCAAAUGGAGCACAUGGCUUCACUACGACUUCAUGG